AGUGAGUCCUGGAAAGAGUAAAUCUUGGUAAAAUCUUUGGAAAUUGUUAUAUUGAUGUAAUAAUUAUAUAUACGAACCAUUAAAAGGAUAAAAUCACCAAGGAAAUAUGUCGAGAGUUAAAGAUAUAUUAAUAACGGCAUUUACAUUGCUAUUAUCAUUUAGCUUGGUGGCUUCCAUUGGCGAAGAGUGUAAGAUCGAUAAUAAACGCGUUACAUGCCAGUGCGAUGGGACUCAGAAGUUGUAUCUACCAGACGAAUACAAUUAUAAGAACGUGACGAGUCUGAGUUUAUCGUCGUGCUUGACGGCAAAUUUACUCUUCUCCAGUAUCACCGAGGAAAAUCAACUCGAAGAACUCGUUGUAAAGAACAUCAACGAACUUUUUACGUUGGAAUUGUUUCUUAAUUCGGUCGAAUUGAAACGAUUCGAAUUGUCGAAUAUAAAGAGAAUACCUUUUGUCAUGCACGACACAUUUUCGAAUAUAAAAAACAUCGAACACUUUGAGAUACGAAAUGUUCACAUCGAUUAUUUCGAAGAACAGUUUACGGCGAUUAAAACGAACCACUUUGUUAUGGCUAAUGUUACGAUAUCCCGUAUGGAAGGAUUCAAUAUCUCGGAAAAGGGUGAAACUUUGGAAAUAAUCAAUUGCGAAUUUCGAAACAUCUCGACGUUGUUAAACUUUGGACACUUUUCCAAAGUGGAGAUCGUUAAUUCGAAAUUUGCGCUGCAGAAAUCGGGAAAUCUUUCCAUUGGAAGCGACCUAGCGAUAAUUCGAGACAAUAUUUUCUUUAACGUAAGCAUGAAUGUCUUCGCUGCGAAGAAUAUAAAGAUAAAUAGGACGUGUGCAGAUGGUAAAAGUUCUCUCAGACUGUCGUCGAAUAAAAUCGAGAGUUACGGUAACAGAUUGCCCACAGCUAUCAUUUACACGAGAGGUCAACCGUCAAACCAAUCGCCAAUCGUUUUGGAAAGCAAUAAUACCAUUUGCAAAGCAGGCAAUUGCAAAUGUCCAAAAAGCAACGGGGAAAAUGCAAAUAGACCGACCAUAAUCAUAUAUUUCUUUGAGAUACUUUUAUUCUUCACGUAUUCGAUAGUUCGUCCGUAAUUAA